AUGGCAUUCAAUGCUCGCUCCAAGAGUGCGCGCGGGCUCUUGCUGCUGGCACUGGGGCUUUGCGUUCUGAACUUGCAGUCGUGGGCCUUCACCAAGACUGAGGCGCCUCGGGCAGAGGCAUCCGGCUUCACUGCUUUCAUCGCGGACCAUGCGCUGCUGGUGUCUUUCGUGCUGAUGGCGGUGUCUGGGGCAGUGACGCUGCUGGAAGACUCGCAAACUCCGACCCCAGGCCCGGCGGAGAAGCGAGCGGACUACGGCACCUUCCUGAUGAUGCAGAACAUCUUGUGCUUCACCUCAGGCUUCAUCAACGCGCUGUGCAUCAUUGACAUGGGCAUGACCGUGUCCCACCAGAGCGGCAACACCAGCCACACCGGACGCCUGAUCUUCAACGGUGGCGCCAAGUUCUUCCACCUCAUGUGCGCCUUCUGUGCGGGCUCCUUCUUUGCGGGCUACAGCAAGAGCGACGUGGAGGCCGUGUACCAAGGCCGCUUCUCCCCCAACAUGUUGGGCAGCACUCUGGCCGUGGUCUUCGGGUGCAUGCUGCACCACUGCAAGGCUCAGAGCGGGAUCAACGACGCGGCUUCGGAGAGCCUGCUGCUCUUCGCUUUCUCGCAGGGCAUCCAGAACGGCGUCACCCGAAGGUGCACCUCGAUUCCCAUCUGCACCACGCACUUCACGGGCUACCUCACGGAUGUGGGCACCGGCCUGGGACUGUGGGCACGUGCCAUGGCGAGGGGUGAGGCGCCUCCGACUCUGCUGAAGGUGCUGCUCUUUGCUGCUGGCAUCUUCUUCUUCUGCCUUGGAGGCGUUGCGGCCAAGGAGACCCACGGCCCCUACGGCAUGCAGGCGGCCCUGAUCCCAGCCGCCAUCAUGGCGGCCGUGGCCGGUGGCAUGAUCCCCAUCCCGAAGCCGGCCAAGGCUGAGAAGGCAUGA